CAAAUGGAGAACACAAGUGUGUCCGUGUCCGAGCAACCUGUGUGUGUGUGUGUGUGUGUGAGAGAGAGCGAGAGAGAGAGAGCGUCUGUGCGCGCGGCAGUGUGUGUGUGUGAGACUGGAUGAAAAUAAGAAAACGCUUACGCCACAAACUGGAAGAUUCCGUCUUGUUGAGGAAACCCGAAUCUUUACCAUAUUCAACUAUUUUUAUUAUUAUUAUUAUUAUUGAAAUGCAAACCUUAGUCAAUACGCUUUUAUUUCCAGCUUGGGAUUUUGAAAUUUACAAGAAGUUCUUUAAAAGUUAAAUUUUAAAAGUCUUAAUUUAUAGUAAAUCGAUUCAACUAAACUACAGUAAGCAUUUAGAUUUAUUUCCACACACUGAAACGGUAUUCGUUUAAGUUAAGCCAGAAGCAAUAGUGAUCUGCGGAAGGUGCACCGUUAAGUACGCGAUGAAGAUGCUCCGCUGGUGUUUUGCGAUCUUCUUUCACUGGGUCCUGAUGAAGGUACAAAGCCGGGAAAAGCAGAGAGAUUCUGAUUAUAUGUUAAAGGCCCCACACACUUCCAUGGGAGCAGCUGUAUUCCAUAUAAUCAACACCCCCUUGAAAUCUAAACCCCUCAACUACAGCCUGCCAAAACCGCCUACCAGGGUGCAAAAUCAUUCCCUCCUUCAUUACCAGACAAGCUACCAUUCAAAGCGCAAGCCCUCCCUGAAGCCAGCUCUCAAGACCAAGAAAAACUUCAGCUGGGGCGAAUUCUACGUCAACAUCAAGACCGUAAAGUUCAGUCUGCUGGUUACAGGCAAAAUUGUGGACCACGUCAAUGGCACUUUCAGUAUCUACUUCAGGCACAACUCUUCCAGCCUGGGAAACGUGUCAGUCAGUGUUGUGCCCCCAUCCAAAGUUGUAGAGUUCGAGGUUUUUCAGCCAUAUCUGCAGCCAAGGCUCUUCCCACAGAGGCAGCACCAGUUGACCCCUGACCCCAAAGAGGCUAAAGCCCUCCAUUGUCGGGUGGAGUACAAGACAACUGUCCAAGGUUACAAGGCUAAACCUUGUCUAUAUGAUCCCUCACAACUUUGCUUUGUGGAACACACACAGUCCAAUGCGACCUGGCUGUGUGCCAAACCAUUGAAGGUCAUUUGCAUCCACAUCUCCUUCUUCAGCAUCGAUUACAGGCUGGUGCAAAAGGUCUGUCCAGACUACAACUUUCAAAACGGCCCCCCCUACUUCGGGUGAAGGCAGUCAGUACUGGUGUCCGAAAUCCGUUCUUCAGUGUGGAAACCGGCAAAGGAUGCAUUAGACAGAAUGCAUAAAACACAUCAUCUAAACAUUUUAAUUUCAAGUUGUGGCUGUAUAUAUAUAUCAAAGGGUUCUGGGUUAACAGGAGAUGCAUGUCUGUCUGAAGACAAGGUGUUUACCAUCAAAGGUGAUAUGGAAGGCAGCCACACAUUGCAGAUGUGAUACAGGAUAUGCCACAGAAGCGAAUGGGGCAUUUGCAUAUGCAGAUGAAUAGCCAUCUCUAUGGUCCUCCUGUAAUGACUUUCCCCUCUUAAGGUGGCAUGCAGGAGGCUUAGGCACCAGCUGACAUACGUAUGACAAAACAUGUGUACAGCCACCUUAAUUGGCACUUCCUGUAGGAAAUGCCAGUCAUCCGUAUUAAGCAUAUGAUGUUAGACAUUAGCACACAGAACCUUCCUGAUUUAAUGAAAUAAUGUAGUUAUUUAAAGAUGUCUCCACUUAAUUUAAUACCUCACUUUAAGUAUCUUCACAUCAUUAUAUCUUUAGUUCCAUUAUAAGAAGGGUAUUCUUUUGUAAAAAAUAAAUAAACAUGUUGAUUCCUAGACAUGUAGAUCAAUGAACAGGCUGGAAUCAAUGUUUUGUGUUGCUGUACAGUUUGUAUUAAGAAUAUUGCAGAAUCUGUUUAUAUUUUGUCACAAGAAGAAGCAGAUUUAAAGAGAGCUUUGUACCAAGCAGAGGUGGAAAGUUGCAGUCCAGAAAGUACAAAUCCAGACCAUGAUUUUGUUUCAACCAACCAGUUGAAUCACAGAGUACUCAACUGGUUAGCUGAAACAAAAUUUUGGUCAGAACUUGUACUUUCUGGACCCAAACUUUCCACCUCUGGUUCCAAGGUCCUGAGCAUAGGUGAGGAACACCUUGAUCUCUACACACCCACCAAGCCUCGUCUUCUGCCUGCCAGCCUUUUCCUCUAUGAUGGGUAAGCCUCCGUGUAGUCAGUGUGAACAGAACUCAAGCAGCCUGUACAAGUGGGUUGGACAAGGCUGUGGUACUAAGUAAGGUCAGAUGAUCAACAAAGGAUCCAAGAUGCAAUGCAAAACCAGAAACCGGAGGACAAUCCAAAAGAUGCAGGAACAAAUCAAAUCAAUUCAGAGAAAAGAUCAAAAUUCAGAAAGCUAGACCAAGACCACAGCACCAAGAUGUUGGAAAGAAGGAUAAACAAAUGUCAAGACUGAGCAAGGACAAAUGGAGCAGAACAUGCUAAAGUACAUUGGUUGCAGGUGUGGGUGAUGAUACAUAAGGAGCAUCUGGAUGUGAGGGCGGCCCUGUGGAUCAACCAAUCCAGCGACAGCUAGACAGCAGGAUUCUGGAUUGGAUGCCACGAUCAGAAAAGCAGAUUAGUAAUGGUAUUAUAACUGUUGCAUGUACUUGUCUAAAUCAAUAAUUGUGAAAAAUAACUUUAAAACUGAUGUAUUUCAGUGCAGUUAGAAAGCAUAAAUUAAAAACACAUGCAUGUGUGUGUUCUCACAUGUA